AUGUUAGGGGUUUUGCUGCUUGCGUUCUCCUUGGUUACCAUUGUUCAUUCUGAGGUCUGCAGGCCAGAUGCACAGAAUGCUUUCAAAGUACGGCUUAGUAUCAAAACAGCUUUGGGAGAUAAUGCAUAUGCCUGGGAUGCAAGUGAAGAAUAUCUGUUCAAGGCAAUGGUGGCUUUUGCAAUGAGAAGAUAUUCCAACAAAGAAACAACUCAAAUUUCCAAUGUGCUGCUUUGCAAUAUGACAGAGAGGGUGUCAUUUUGGUUUGUGGUCACAGACUCUGCCAGAAAUGUGACAACUGUUCCUGGAAGUGAAGUAGAGGCAGCCAUAAGGAUGAACAGAAACAGAAUCAACAGUGCUUUCCUACUGACAGACAACACGCUCCAGUUCUUGAAAAUUUCCUCCACUUUAUCACCACCCAUUGAACCCACUGUGCCUGUCUGGGUUAUUGUGUUUGGUGUUGUUCUUUGCCUCGUUGUGGCUGCAAUUCUUUUCCUCGUUGUUUCAGGAAUCCGGCAACGCAAAAAAAAUAACAAUGAGUCUGCAGAGACAGGAGAUUUAGAAGACAAAUGUGACACACCAGUGACAACAGAAAAUGGGAUUCCCUGUGAUAUACUAGAUUUAAAAGCAGGCCAGAUUAAUGGAGUCUACGCAGCAGAUGAUGAACGGUUCACACCACUAUGA